AUGGCAACAAAGAUAUGCAUCGCAGCACGUUUGCGACCGAGUAUUCCGGGGGAAAUUGUCGACGAUGCCGUUGGAGUGCAAAGCGACGAAGACGGUGCAUUCGUCAUGAUGUCCCACCCGCGCGACAACAACCAGCGCUUCAAAUUCCCGUUCUCUUCUUGCUACGGACCCGAAUCUACCCAGGAGGAAAUUUACAACAAUGAUGUCAAGCCGCUGCUCGACAUUGUUUUUGGCGGAGUGACCGUAACAGUUUUUGCGUAUGGCGUAACUUCAUCUGGCAAAACACACACAAUACAGGGCUCGAAAGCACAACCCGGUGUAAUACCACGCGUCGUAAAGGACAUAUUCGAAAGGAGUGAAACUAUCGAAAACGCCGAAAUUGGCCUCUCUGUUUCUUACAUGGAGAUUUACAAGGAGGAGGCAUAUGAUCUUUUGGUCGACCGAGAUAGUGCGCCGAAACUUCCCAUCAGAGAGGACGCCGCUGGUCAAGUCUUCGUUGCACAUCUGAGCUCCAUACCUUUGUCGAGUGCUGCUGAUUUUGAUAGGAUAUACAAUGCUGCGACUAAGCGUCGGUCGGUCGGCUCGACUAACCUGAACCAUUCAUCUUCACGUUCGCAUGCCAUACUGACGCUGCAUGUGCAAAUGGUGGAUCUGGCGGCGAAACAAACGGUGACUGGCAAGAUCAACCUCGUAGACCUGGCCGGAUCAGAGAAUAACAAGCUCACAGGAAACGAUCCUGCACGCAUGGCCGAGUCAGCUGCAAUCAACAAGUCCCUCAGUGUUCUUGGCCAGGUUGUUCACGCAUUGAACCAAGGAGCAUCACGGAUUCCCUACAGAAAUUCGAAACUCACCAGAAUUUUGCAAGACGCCCUUGGUGGGACUGCUGUCGGCUUGCUCAUCUGUAACCUGGCGCCUGGGACGAAGUUCAGACAGGAUACAUGGAACACCCUCAAUUUUGCAACACGGACGAAAGAGAUUGAGAACAAGCCCGUCGUAAAUGUCCGAGACAAUCAACCCGCACCGAAACCCCACUUUGCUGCACUAGCAUCACAGGUCCCUUGUUUGCCUCCCGCGAAUGUUACAUCUUCAUCUCGACAAGCUGGCAGACCUUCGUUACUGCCAGCCGCCGGAUCGUCUAAACUUCCUGGUCCUUCAAAGGGACGCGUAUCUAAUUUCGGUAUCGGAGGUCCUGGCGGAUUCCAGCCCUUUACUAUGGGCACGAAGGGAACGAGCCAAGGCUUAGCAAAGAAAGCAAUCCCUGAAGCCGGGAAUCCAGGCAGUCGUAGAAACAGUGAUCGCGGUAACAAUAGUGGGUCGGGGAUUUUAGGGAUGACUGAGGAGGAAAUCGACGAGAGGAUUGCCAGAGCCGUGGAAAUUGAGGUCGCACGCCGUCUCGAGGAACGGGAGCGUCGUCGAGAGGAGGAAGAAAGGAAGGAGGUAGAGAAACAGGUGUUGGCAACCACAGAAGAGGAGAGUCAUCCUUCCACUCCGGACGUUAUUUUAAGCGAUGAAAUGACCCGACCAGCGCUUGCACCUGCACCUCCGGCGGCUUUGAGUACCUUGCCUUCUGGUGUAUUGACUCCCCUUCUCAGACGCCAUGAGGAUCUGGAUAAUGAACUAAAGCGACGACUCGCCGAGCUUGAGCAAAAAUACGAGCAGAGCAGCCGCGAAGUCCAACUUGCCGAUGUGCUUUCUCCUACGUCAAAAAAGAAGACGGGACGAGCGUACGUUGCCCUUGCGCGGGCGCAUUCUGAGAAGGGUAAUAUGCAGGUUGCGCUCAAUUUGUAUAAGAAGGCAGAAUCAUACGUACCAGACAACGUAAAAUUGAGACAACGCAUCGUCGAAAUUGAAUAUGCCGUAAAUAAUAACGUCGAGUUCGUGCCGAAGCCGAAGAAGAAAAAGUGUAAAAGUAAAAAGGCGACGAGCACGGAGGACAAUUCUGCGAUUGCCGCUGCCGCUGAUCGCUCCCCGCUGGCACCGGAAAGUAGCGAGGCAGAAGGUGACGAUCACGAUGGAGACUCGGUUGAUGAAAAUUGCCGUACGUCAAGGAGCCUAGACAAUGCGCGCAACGUCAGUAAGAAGGGUCAGAAAACAAAGGGAGCAAGUGCACGUUCUCGUUCUCGUCCGGCGCCCUUGGGAGAGGCAACGAAUAGUCCAACGAAGCAAAAGCGUGUUUCUAGGGACGAGGAGCUAGACGAAGAGGAGGGUACUCCGCCGAAGAAACAAAAGAAAGGAGGGAGAGGUGCGAAGGCAGUUGUUGGGUGUACAGAAAGUGGUGACGAGGGCGACGAGGACCAGGAGUGGCUGCCCGAGAAUGCAAGGGCGUUGGUGACGUGAUUAAGCUUUUUGUCGCACGUUCAUAAACUGCGUCUUGGGUCUUCUUGCUAAUAAACCUUUUGUUCCAUUUCCUUGUACUUUACUUGCUCAGCUUGUUCUGGAUGCCGACUAAUGAUGAUUGCUCUGAUCACGCCUCUGUAUGGAAGUACAAUUGUAUACGUACAGUAUUCG